AUGGAUUCAUUAUCUACCAAGAAAAAUCGACGUACAUCAUCAUCAUCUAUCGGGGCGGCUGCUGCUGAAGCUCAUUCGCCUAUUGAAGUUCAUAAUACACCAACCACAGUUCGACGAGAGAAAUUCCCUCCAGGUGUAGUUGUUAGAAGUUCAAAGAUACCUUUACCUAAACAAGCUAUGACUGUUAAAGUAACAAAGACAUUACAAGAAUUUGGAUUAGGUCCACGUCCAACGAUUCCAACAGAAAUAGUUUGUGCUCGUUGGACAGAAUUACAAAAGGCCAUACAAACAUUAUUAGAAAUAAAGAAAGGAGUAGAUAAACAUGAACAUGAAUUAAAAAUCAAAGUAAAUUUAUAUAAAAAGAUAAGCUCGGUUGAUAGUGAUAGAACAAAUAAUGGUAGUGAAGCUGGUAGUCCGAAACGAGAUCGAAUUACUUUGUCAGCUUCACCUCGGGAUGUUAAAAGAGCUCGUAAACAAUAG